ACCUUGCACCUAAAAUUUCUCUCCAUUAAAAACUAUGGCUGAMGAUCUCCCUUUCAAGGCUGAAUAUGCAAAAUCUAACCGAUCAUCGUGUAAAAUGUGCAAGGUUAAUAUUGGGAAGGAUUCGCUUCGUCUAGCCAAGAUGGUCCAGUCACCGCAUUUUGAUGGAAAGAUUCCAAAUUGGUUCCAUUACUCCUGCUUUUUCAAAAAAGUCAAACCAAAAAGUGUCAGCGAAGUUGGAGGAGUGGAAUCUCUUCGYUGGGAAGACCAAGAAAAAAUUAAGGGCAACAUUGGUGGUACURCAGAGCCUAAGAGCAGUAAAACAACAAAGGGAUCAAAAGCUACAGCUUCUGCUGCURCUGAAGAUCCAGAUUUGAUAGCAGARUAUGCCAAGUCAAGCAGAAGCUCUUGCAAAGGUUGYGGRGACAAAAUUGAAAAGGGAGAGCUUCGUCUUGCUAAGAUGAUGGAGCCUUCUUCUGAUUCUAAUGCGCCAAUGAACAUUGGACUUAUACCCCGAUGGCAUCAUGUUGACUGUUUUGUCAAAGAAAGGACGAACCUUGAGGUUGAUCUAACUGUUACUGCAGACUGCUUUACUGGGUUUUCAAAAUUAGAGAAAAAAGAUCAAGAUUUACUCAAAAAGAAACUUGGGGCCAGCAAAGCUACUAAAGGAAAGAAAAGAAAAGUGGAAGAAGAGGAAAAACCUCCAAAGAAACAAAAGACAGAGGAAGAGGAAGCAGAAGAAAAGRCACUGAAGGAACAAAGCAAACUACUGUGGAAAAUUAGGGAUGACUUGACUGCACAUGUUCCAAAUGCAACACUACGAGAGAUGCUAGAAGAUAAUGGUCUGAGCACACAGGGUGGAGAAACUUCACUUCUUGAUCGCUGUGCAGAUGGCAUUGCUUUUGGUCAGCUUUUGCCUUGCCCAGAGUGUAAAGAUGGCCGUCUAGUGUUCAAGCAUGACUGUUAUGCAUGCACUGGCAACAUGUCAGAAUGGACAAAGUGCACCUACACAACCCAUGAUCCAAAGAGAGCAAACUGGAUUAUAUCAAAAGAAAUCAAAGAAGAAAUUGAAUUUCUAAAAAAGCUAAAAGUUAAGAGGAGAAAGAGAAUAUUCCCUAAAGCAAGCAUARAAAAGGCUGCUCAAGCAAUUGCAGGAGCUUCAGGUCCACCACCAGACAAACCAUUGCUAAACCAGAAAGUUGCCAUCAUUGGAAAACUCAAGAAAAGCAAGGCAGAAUUAACCAAUGUGGUUGAGGAACUUGGUGGGAAGGUUGUUGAGAAAGUCAACCCUAAAGUCACUUGCUGUAUAAGUAGUGUUGCUGAGGUUGACAAGAAGAGCAAAAAGAUGAAAGAUGCAGAAUCAUCUGAUGUGCCUGUUGUAACAGAAGACUUUCUUGAAGCAGUUAGAAAUGGCCGUGCUGAACUGAAAAUACCACAGCACAGCAUUGUGCCAUGGGGAAAGAACAAGGGCGUAACCAGUGUAGAUGGACCAGCUGCUUCCUCAAUAGACAAGAAAACAGCUGCGAGGUUCACAUCAGGUGUGCAUGAAAAGAAAGUGACUUUAUCUGUGAARGGAGGUGCAGUUGUUGAUCCAGAAUCCGGAUUAGAGGAUGAUUGUCAUGUGUUAGAAGUAAAGGGUGAAGUGUAUAAUGCCAUACUGGGAUUAGUUGAUAUUGUCAGAGGGACAAACUCCUAUUACAAACUACAGAUAUUGAAGGAAGAUAGAGGCAACGAGUGUUACUUGUUUCGUUCGUGGGGRCGUGUAGGGACGUCGAUUGGAGGGACGAAGCUUGAGGAUCCCGGAUCUCAGASGGAUGCCGUACAAAGAUUUUGUGAAUUAUACGAGGAAAAAACAGGAAACAGUUGGGCAAAUAGAAAAUCGUUUGUGAAACACCCUAACCGUUUUUAUCCACUAGAGAUUGACUAUGGACAGGAUGAAGAAGAACUCAAGAAAAACAAUAUUGCGCCCGGAAGUCAGUCUAAACUACCAAAAGAAUUACAGAGUUUAAUCAAGAUGAUCUUUGACGUGGAAUCAAUGAAGAAAGCCAUGGUGGAGUUUGAGAUUGAUUUGAAGAAAAUGCCUCUUGGAAAACUAACUCGUCGUCAGAUUGAACGAGCCUACAGCACCCUUGGUGAAGCGCAACGGCUGGUUUCUGAAGGAGGCAGUGCAAAUGGUAUCUUGGAUGCCUCAAAUAGAUUCUACACGCUGAUUCCUCAUGAUUUUGGGAUGCGAAAACCGGCGCUGCUGGACAAUAUGGAUCUUAUCAACUCCAAAGUCAGUAUGCUCGACAAUCUCUUGGAGAUUGAAGUCGCUUACAGCCUGCUGAAAAGCGGUGGUGAUGACGAGAAAGAYCCAAUYGAURUCAACUACGAAAAACUAAAUACAAAACUAGAGGUUUUGGAGCAUUCUUCAACUGAGUUUGAAAUGAUCAAAGAAUACGUAAAGAACACUCACGCCGCGACUCACCAGCAAUAUUCACUGAAGCUGCUCGAUGUGUUCAAAGUGGAGMGAGAUGGCGAAGCGUCCAGGUACAAGCCKUUYAAAGAGCUCCACAAUCGUCAGCUGUUAUGGCACGGUUCAUCGAACACAAAUUAUGCUGGAAUCCUAUCUCAAGGGCUUCGCAUUGCUCCUCCCGAGGCCCCUGUGACUGGCUACAUGUUUGGCAAAGGUGUCUAUUUUGCAGAUAUGGUAUCAAAGUCUGCUAACUACUGYCGCACUACGCCAACUAAUAACACGGGUCUUCUUCUCCUCUGUGAAGUUGCUCUUGGAAAUAUGCACGAGUUAAAAAAUGCCAGCUUUAUCACCAAACUACCGAAAGGAAAACACAGCGUAAAAGGUCUAGGCAGUACCCACCCUAACCCCGGUGGCUCAAUAACWCUAGACGAYGGGACGAUAGUGCCAAAGGGAAAAGGUACCGACUCUGGCGUCGACAGGACAAGCUUACUGUACAACGAAUACAUCGUCUAUGACGUUUCUCAAAUCAACAUCAAGUAUUUGCUCAAGACAGAAUUCAAGUACAAGUAUGGUUGGUAGUUUAUUAGUUGGGUUACCUGUGUUAAAUUCACAUGACCAUCAUGCCCCACGAAAYUCAAAAAGAAGCAACAUAACAUUGCACGAAUAAGAAAAAAAAAACUGAAAAAAUACAGAUACAAAGAGUACAAAUCAUUGCAAAAACAUGCAAAAAUGUUGGGUUAUAUAUAACUUCUUCUCUAAGAGUCACAAUAAUUGUUGUUAGACUUAAUUAUUAUAUAAUUGGACAGAACUCUAUAAUUAUUUCCUGUUCGGUCGUUAAGUCAGUAAUUACAGUUAACGUUACGCGGAAAGUGAUUUUUUAAAAACUGUAAAUGAAUUAUAACAGUGCAAACUGCAUGUUCAUAUUUUACAAAAGUUGUCAGUAAAGUGAUUUUUUACGAUAA